CUCGAGCGCACGCCGACUCAGACAAAUGCGACCAGCACACGCGAAUAGCCGAACAUAAUCCACUUGAACACCCACUUUAUGAGAUGUUGGCCCUACGCGUUCUGUGGCUAACUCUGAUGGGCGGACAUCUGGCCGCAGCGGUCGUGCAUCAAUCGCUUCAAGAUGCGCGACAGGAGCAGCAGCAACUCAUACAGCGAUACAUCAAGACCCUAAAUAAGGAGGAAGGCGCAAUUCGACUAGUUGGAGGUGACGCGGAAUACGAAGGUAACAUUGAGGUGCUGCACAACAGCAAAUGGGGCGCCAUUUGCGAUGACGAAUGGGACGCUGCCGAGGGUGAAAUUGUAUGCCGCCAGCUGGGUUUUCUCGGGAUGCGUCGCUACACCCACAGUGGCUACUUUGGACCCGCUCGGCGCCGCUACUGGAUGGACAAUUUGUACUGCGAGGGCCACGAGCAGGAGCUUACCGAGUGCCACUUUGACGGCUGGGGUGUUAACGAUUGUGAGCCUAGCGAAGCAGCUGGCGUUAUAUGCAUUCCGCCGACAGAUGCGGUGCGACCGCCGCUCUCAGCUUUAGCUGACGAUCGUCAGCUACCCAAAUAUCCCAUACAUCCAAGCUCACGCCUCUAUGUUAGGCUGCGUGGUGGUCGCUCCAGGAACGAAGGACGCGUCGAGGUGCGUUUUGAUGGCCAGCCCUGGGGCAGCAUCUGUGCGGAUGGCUGGUCCAUGCUGGAAGCGAAUGUGGUCUGUCGCCAGCUGCGCCUGGGCUAUGCUCGAGACGCUUUCCAAACGGACUAUUUUGGCGGCGCCAAUGUCUCCCGUCCCAUGCUCAGUGGCACUGAGUGUUACGGCAACGAAACGGAGCUGGCGGAUUGUCUACACCACAAUCAUAUCCGAGGCAUUGUUAGCUGCCAUGGAAGCAGACAGCAUGUAGCUGCGGUGAUUUGUGACUAUCUAUCGCCCGAUUUGGUUGUGGAUUAUUACGAAAUAGAGCAAACGGCUCACUUAGAGGAUCGUCCCAUGGUGUUGAUGCAAUGCGCCAUGGAGGAGAACUGCGUGUCCAACGAGGCCUACCAAAUACAGCGAGACAAUCCCAGCUGGCGAUAUCAAACGCGACGAUUGCUUAAGUUCACCGCAGCCGCAAUCAAUGCCGGCAACACGGACUUUAGGCCCUUCAAGGAGAAGAAUCAGUGGGAGUGGCACAUGUGUCACAUGCACUACCACAGCAUGGAAGUGUUUGCGACCUUUGACAUAUUCGAUUUACAGGGUCACAAGGUUGCACAGGGCCACAAGGCGUCCUUCUGCUUGGAGGACAGCAGUUGCCUACCAGGCGUGUCCAAGAAAUACAAUUGCGCCAACUUUGGGGAUCAAGGAAUCUCCGUUAACUGCUCUGAUGUUUAUCUGUACAAUCUGGACUGCCAGUGGGUAGACAUAACCGAACUGCCACGGGGCUCCUAUAUACUUAAGAUUGCCAUCAAUCCAGAGUUCAAGGUGGCCGAGAUGAGCUACGACAACAACGCUGCCAUUUGCGACCUUUUCUACACCGAAAAUUAUGCGCGUGUUGACAACUGUCGUCUGGCAAGACCUUAGAUCUGCCGAGCUUGGAGUUUUGAACAGUGCCAAAUAUUAUGAUUAACCAAAGCGUCAAGCGUAAAGCGUAAAUGUUUGUAUUAUACUAAGUACAUACUGUUUUUACUAAAAUAAAACUGC